GCCGCUUCACAUCUCUAGGGUUUUGCGGCAUUGAAAAUUUGCGAAAAUUUGUGAGUUUACGGGGAAGAGCUACCUAAAUGGUUUAGUUUCGCAAGGUAAGCGAUAGAUUGCUGCAGGCCUGUCUUUCCAAAUAUCGGCUGGGUGCAUUUAACAGGAGAAAACGAGCCGGAUUUAACUGCUGCAUUUUGAAAGGGCAGUAAGCCGAUGUGUCAAUGUUAAUCGCGCUCUUCGCGCUUGCACACUUGCCAAUCUUUCGUAAGACGCUCCUAGUUUCCUCCUCCCCGUCGCCGUCUGUCCCCAGAUCGUCAAGGUGUGGCAGAGCAAGUUCCGCGUAUCCACUGCCAGUAGACGUCCGCAUCAGCAUCCGUGCUACAGCCAUUGAAGCAGCAUCCGGAAUGAGUAGCAGCGGCGACCAGGACAAGCCUAUAGCUGCCAACGGCAAUGGGGCAGAGCCCCAGGAGGUGGAAAUCAUCCACUUUCAGCCUCAAGAGAAGCAAUGCUGCCGUGUCAUCAGAACCAACAAUACCAAGGUUCUUACCUCAGGUGGCGUCCACACUCGCGGAUCCUCCAAGGUCAAGCUAAAAAACAUUGUCGAUUACAAGUGGGAGCGCAAGCACUACUACCCGGGUCACCUGGUGGCUGUCCACCGAGAUGGGAAGCACUUGGCUUACGCUAUUAAUGUCAACAACAAAGCCACUGGCAUGGAAGGCAUGGUGCGCGUCUGCAAUAUCGCCAGCAGCAUGCGGGCCCUAAUCAAGGGGAUGAGCGGUGAGGUCUUAGAUCUCCAGUUCGCCCAUACAGACCGCGAACGCAUUCUGGCUGUGAUCGAUGUCAACUCGCUGUUUGUCUAUAAAGUCGAUCAAAUCGAAGGCAAUCUGCUUUGCCAUCUCGUGCUGAAGGUAGAGGAUCCCAUUGCUAAUUAUGUUCCGGAGUACGACAUGGUCGCUUGGUGUCCCUAUGUCUGCAGCAGCAACGCCACUGUUCCGAUCAAUGAUGAAGACGAUGAGAAUCAGCUGCUCAUUUGGUCCCGGAGUUCGCAGUUCCAGUGCUUCCAAGUCAAAAUGAUUGUCUCUGAGCAUGGGCGUGGCAAGAUUCAACCGUCUUCUCUGGAAACUGGGUAUCUGAAGAUUGAGGAGGACUCGCUGAUCACGUGCGCCGCUUUAUCCCCGGAUGGAACCACUGUGGCUGCAGCUUGCGCAGAUGGCUUGGUUCGCUUCUACCAAAUUUACUGGUUUGAUGUGCGCAACCAUCGUUGUUUGCACGAGUGGAAGCCACAUGAUGGAAAGAAAGUCUGCUCUCUAUUUUUUCUCGACAAUAUCAACAAGCCUGUUGAAGAUUCUUACUGGCAGCACGUGAUCACUACAAGUGAUGCCAAUGCCGAAAUAAAGCUGUGGAACUGCUCGCUAUGGGAAUGUCUGCAAACUAUCAAUGUAGCUUCUAGCAGUCCCUCGUCAGUGCAGCCUGGAAACUUUAUAGCAGGCAUAGACCGCAGUGCCAACUACUUGGUGUUGUCUUGCUUGGACUCUUUGGCUGUCUAUGUGAUGCAGAUCGGCAACUCUGGCAGCGAAGGAUCUGGAAAUCGAGACAGUGAUAGCGAAGGAGAAGGAAGCGACACUUCCAAACGUAUCCAAAACGUUGCCGAAUUUAAGCUAAGCUCGGGGAUUCUCUCUUUCUCUAUUGUAAACGCUAGUAUGCGUCGUGUGAAGAGCUCCAUCGAGAGCUACUAUCCUAUCGAGGAGCCCGAUGACUUUGACGACGACAGCAAUUCCACCAACGCGCUAGUACUGCACAUGUUUGUGGUGCAGGCAAAGAGCCUCCAAGAAUGUCAAAUCAUAUACCAGCCGUGCGUGGCCGAAAAACCGGAGCGACGCAGUCUUAGCAGCAAGCGAUCCGAGACGCCGGAGGACGAUUUACUGAUCAAAAAAGAGCCGGAAUCCCCCAACAGUGGUACCGCUGGUACUGUCCAGCUGGACGCUUUGUUCGCUAAGUCCGCCAAGAGAUCUUCAACGGGAAGCUCAUCUGCCAUAGUGGCUGUGGCUGCAGCAGCGGCUGCUGCUCCUUCAGCUAUCCUACAGGACCCCGCCAAGGAGGCCGUAAAGUCAGAGUCUCCGCAACUAAGCAGCGUUUAUCCCCCGCAGGUGAAUCUCAUGACACCAGAUGCAUUCAGUGCAAGCGGCACCUCCACCUCAGCAGCAGUGGUGGUAGCCGCAACCACUACGACUUCCUCAGGAACUGAUAUCCUUGGAGAGAAUAGAUCCAUUGACUCGGCAGUUUUACAAACAUUGCGUAUGCUGGCCACAGUUACGUCAAAGACGGAAAACACCGAUGCUGAAGUUUUCCGUAAGCUAAUGAACAACACCCUGAUCGAGGACCGAGAACAACAGAAGCUCAAGGAAAAGCUUGACGCUCGCAAAAAAUUUGUUGCCAUUGAUCGAAAUCCGGAGCGCAAUGUAGCUGAAAAUUUGGCCAGUGGCGGUUCAAGUCCGAGUCGUGAAGUACAGGAGAUAAUGGCCACGCAGGAAGACGCUGAUGCCUACGAGGCGGAGCUAGAGAAUUUGGACGACGAGGAAGAGCUGCCUAACUCAUCGCCCUUGGAGGCAGUGGAUGGAACUUGGCCCAUCGUUAAGCUGCCAUCACUGACCAACUCUGCUGAGCUCCAGAAUGCGGCACAGAUCAUGUCACAGGCGGUGCAAAACACCAACAAUGGCAAUGUUCCGCCCACACUUGGAAGCGGUAACAACAACAAUACUAGUGUGGGGAGCAACAGCAACAACAACACGGCCACGACUCUUAACACUAGCAAUAGCAGCAGCAACAACAACAACGUAGGUGGUGCCUGCGAUGGCUCGGGUGGAAAUGCAGAGCUGAAUGCCAAGAUCGAAUUACUCCUGGAUUUGGUUAAGGCUCAGUCCAAGCAAAUGAACAAAUUGGAGAACGAAGUCAUGAAGCUACAAAAGCAACAAGAGUCGGUUGUGGCCCAGAAUAGCAUACAAGCGGCAUCAUUGGAUCCUAAAAAUGUUAGUCAGUUAGCAUAUAAAAUCGAGAUGCAGCUGUCCAAAUUGAUGGAGCAGUACCUCAAGCGAUACGAAAACGAACAUAAGAGGAAGUUGACUGAAUUUCUGGCAGCGCGUGAGAGUCAGAAUCGCGAACUGCGCGACUCUGUGAUCCAAGUGCUGAACCAGUAUGUGAUGAACCACUUUACGGACAUCGUUGGCAACGUCAUUAACAUGGAAUUACAGCGCAAACUAUUCCCGCAGGUGAACGCAAAAAUGGAUCAGCUCACAGCCCAGAUGCAGGUGGAGAUCGUGCAGAAACUGAGCAUGUUUGACAAGACGGUAAAAGAGAAUGUAGCUCAGGUGUGCAAAAGCAAGCAAUUUCUGGACACUUUUGGUAAGUCCGUGUUGAUUGGUGUCCAAGCCAGCCUGCAGACUGCCUUUAUUGAGUCCAUGAGUAGCACCUUGAUUCCAGCAUAUGAAAAAUCCUCGCAGAAUAUGUUCAAGCAAUUGCACGACGCCUUCAGCGUGGGUAUAAAAGAUUUCAUGGUCCAGUUCAACACUUACCUGCAGCACAUGCCUCAGCCCCAAGCGCUGGGUGCCAACUCCGAGGAACUGAACAACAAGUUAGCCAUGCUGAAGCAGCUAGUCGAAAGCAGUUUGAACAAGCAUAGAAAUGAGCUCACGGACGCCAUGCUCGAGACGCAAAGAGAGGUAAAGAGCUUGGAGAUAUUGUUGGCGCGACAAGUCCAGGAAACUAUCCGAACUGAGCUGCGGAAGCACAUGGAAAGCCAGAACCUGGCGAUGCGUUCGCAAGCAGCCACGCCGGCACCACCAUACGACCUUAGGGACAGCAUUAAACAGCUUUUGCUGGCUGGACAAAUCAACAAGGCCUUCCAUCAGGCUUUGCUGGCCAACGACUUGGGCCUAGUGGAGUUCACUCUUCGGCACACGGACAGUAAUCAGGCUUUCGCUCCAGAGGGCUGCAGGUUGGAACAGAAGGUUUUACUGUCGCUCAUUCAGCAAAUAUCCGCUGACAUGACAAAUCACAAUGAGCUUAAGCAAAGAUACCUCAAUGAGGCACUGUUGGCGAUCAACAUGGCAGAUCCAAUUACCCGCGAACAUGCUCCGAAAGUACUCUCCGAGCUGUAUCGCAAUUGCCAGCAGUUCAUCAAAAACAGCCCCAAGAAUUCACAGUUCAGCAACGUGCGUCUGCUGAUGAAGGCUAUCAUAACGUACCGCGACCAGCUGAAAUGAUAUCAAGAGAACUACAACCUGGCCAGCGCCUGGUACUGAUAGAUUACCACUCUGACCCUGUACCGUGACCGAUCCCCAUCCAAGAUAGUUAAUCUAGGACCACAUACACAUUUAAAUAUACACGCUUGUAGUUAAGUCCGAAAUGCAGUUCAUCCCUGCUAGCCAGCUCUGAGCCAAGUUCAUUCCUCAAAAGAGUUAAAAUUUUUCUAUGCCUUUCAUUUUAUUGUUUAUUUGUUUGUGCGUGAUUUGUUUUAACUAUGGCUUUAUAUCUAAUAUUUAUGUCGCUAUAUCAAAAAUGUAUUAUCUUUAAAAAGAUUUGCCUACUAAAUUGCAAUAUAGGAUUUUUUUAUUUAAUUUAAUUUUUGCACAGAUCUGCGAGCAGUUCAAAAGUGCGGCAUAUUUAAUUUUGUUCUCUUAGAUUUUCUUUUUUUUAUUAUUAUGACGCUUACUAAAAAAAAGAAACGGAGCUGUAAAAACUUAUUUAAAAAUGAUUUCCAAAACAAAAGAAACUUUCGAUAAUGACGAACAACACAAAUAAUAUUAUGAUGAUUGCAAAUGCAAAAGCUACAAGUAAAUCGUAGAUAUAAGCUAAGAAAAAAAAAUUUAUAAUAAAAAAUAAAUGUAUGUACUUGAAAAACAAGA